AUGGCCAGUAUGAUUCUGAGGCUCGAUUUUCUCCGUUCAACAGAAUUCUGGGCUUUCUUUCACACGCUCCUGUGGCUUCAUCGUUAUCUGCGGCUCCUUGCUCACUGCGUCAGCCAUUGGCGUUACAAGUCUAUAAUUCCAAACUUGGAGAAGCCAAGAUACACAUCCGAGGAUGUCACGGUGGUCAUCCCGACCAUCCACAAUCACCCGGAGAAUCUGCGCCCUUCCCUCGAGAGCAUUCUAGCCUGUAAUCCGGCUAAGCUAGUACUCGUGACCACAUGGAACAAGCACCAGGCCCUGAGUCGUGUGGCCACAAGCUUGCAAAUGCCGAAUCACACGUCCCCCGUUGCCAUCGAGGUGCUGUACGUUGACAAGGCAAACAAACGCCUACAAGUCUGCGAAGCACUUAAGGGAGGCCACGUCAAGACGGCUAUCACGGUCAUAGCUGACGACGAUGUAGAGAUGGGCGGAGUUGGGACGUGCCAGCGGGUGAAGCGUGUCGUCUGCGGGGGCGCCGCGACUCGUAUAUUUAACUGGCUCGGGGCCGCGUACAUUGAGCGACGUAACUUUGAGAUCUCAGCAACGCACAACAUCGACGGCGGCACGUCAUGCAUGUCCGGCCGUACGGGCGCCUACCGCACCGAGAUUUUGAAGAGCUACGAUUUCUUAAGGAGCUUCAAGAACGAGAAAUGGGGAAGGUGUAGGCUUAAUGCCGACGACGACAACUUUAUAACGCGGUGGCUCUGCACGUACGCGCUGCAUAUUGCCACUUUCACCUCGCUCGCCUUUGUGGUCGACCUGCUCUUGCUCUUCACGUGCUGGUGGUGUACAGAAGACUGGCAGCCUAGAAACCGGCGCAUCCUACUCGGGGCAGAGGUCGCGUUCAUGUUCGGCUUCACCAAAGUGGUAAAACUGGCUGGGCUGCUUCGCAGAAAUCCUCGUGACAUCAUAUUCCUGCCGGUAUCCAUCUUGUUUGGCUACUUCCAUGGUCUGAUCAAGCUCUAUGCGCUAUGCACACUCAAAGAGGUGAACCACCACCGAGCUCCCAGAGCCCGCCCAACACACAAGCCAUGA